AUGCCAAAAGAGGAAAGGGAUGAGAGGCGAAAAGCGAAGGAGCAGGACAAAAAGUAUGUCGAAUUUCGAAAGGAACAAAUUUUGAGAGAAAUCAAGCCGACGACAAAGGCGUUCGAUUUGAAGAAGUUUGAUGAGUCGUUCCCACGCGAGCGGCGAUGUUUGCGACACGCCGAAAUGGAGUUUGGCGAGCUUAUGCACAAGUAUUUGACAUUGCGACCAGAUGGACGAUUUGCAAUAUGGCAUGGGAAGCCGAAGAAGAAAAGCGGCAAACUUUUACAAGCGCUUGGGGAGAAGAUGGACGAACGCAAAAAACUCGGCGGUCCUUCGAAGGCGGCGAAAGAGCCGUCGAAACGAGCGCAACGCAAUUUUCAGCGAGCUUUGAACCAAAAUUUGAGACUUCAAGAUGAAGUUGAAGAAGAUGAUAUUGAUCAAAAACGAUUGAAAGAGGCUUAUGAGUAUAUGGCAAAAGAGGACGUUGAAGCGAAGAACAAAUACCUUUUGAAUGCCAUUGUUGAUGGAAAACCGUUCUGGCUCAUUGGAGAUCCAUUGGUUCCCGAGGAGGAAGAAGAGGAUGAUUAUGUGGAUGCAAAAAUGAUAAUGGAUUUUAUUAACAAAAAAAUAUGCACAAAAUCGAAUCAGUUUGAGAGAAAAGUGUUUUCGAUUUAUGGACCCACUGCCCAAUUAUGGAAUGAGAUGAAACAAUUUACGGACAAAAAACUUGUUAUCGGAAACACGCUGGAAUCAAUUGUCGCUUCGACAGAAAUGAAGAACGAGAGGAAACGAAUUGAACGAAGCGUUAAACGAGAACUCAAAUUUUGCGAGAAGACCCGCGCAAUUGAUUAUGUCAUGGAUUCAGUGCCUGUGGAAAAAACGGUGAUUUACGAUGGUAAAUUGGAGGACAUUGUGCGCGGGAAGUCGAAUAAUUAA